AUGGAGAAAAUAAAUACGGAGCUGUUGAUAAGUUUAGUGGAAGCGAGACCCGCUUUAUGGGAUAAAACACUUGACACAUAUAAAGACAAAAAUUUAAAGUCGUCAGCAUGGAGAGAGAUAUGUUCUCUGUUAAAGGAGAAUUUCGAAGAUAUGGAACAAAAGGAGAGGCAGGCUUUUGGUAAGCUGAUUUUAAAAAAGUGGACAUACAUUCGAGACUCGUGGAUGAAAGCAUUGAAAAAACAUAAAGACCAAAAAACAAGUGGCACAUCGACCAAACCUUCAAGACUUUAUAUAUAUAAUGAGCAGAUGUCAUUCCUGAAAAAAAUUACAGAUUCAACUGUUUGUCAUGAAAACACUAAUAAUGAAAAUAACACCGAGAUAGAAGACUUGGAUGCAGAAGUUAUUGAAGAGAGUGUUCCACCUGAACAACCGAAUAUGGAAGCAAAUCAGUCUGGUAGUACUCCCAUCAGUACUUCUACUGCACGCAGAAAGAGGAGUAUUAAUGAAGUUGAUGCCAAAAUGAUGCGAUUCAUAGACCAUCAAAUCAACUUAUCCAAGGUUUCAACAGUCAAAGAGGAUGAAAAUCGUCAUCUUACAUUCUUCAAAAGUCUUCUUCCAUCAUUAUCAUCGUUUGAUGAAGAUGAAACUUUGGAAUUUCAGUCGAGUAAGGACGUUGUAAGACGCUGGACAAAUCUUCGAGAUGCUUUCGCUAGGUCCAAAAGGAAAUUAAAAGACAGUAAGAAAAGUGGAAAAGAUGCAAAAAAACCCAAGAAAUAUGUAUUUAAUGAUCAGCUUCAAUUUUUACAUAAAUUGUACGAAGUUAGAGAAACAGUUGAUAGUUUAGAUGAUGAAACAAGGCACGAGACUGAUGACAUGGAGGAAACUACUAGUAUACACAUUAAUGAGCUAAAUAAAGGAGUACAUACAGUAAAUUAUAAUAGAAACAGGAAGCAUCGCAAACCUGAUGAGGUUGAAUUAAAAAUUAUGAAGGCAUUGGAACCCGAAAAACCCAACAGCAAAAUUCGCGUUUUAUGGGCUUGUAUUAGUACUUUGAACUUUGAAAUGGAGAAGGAGCCAAUCAGAUUCUAA